AUGACUUACUGGGUGAAGCUGGGGGAGGCCAAGAGACUCCCAUUCACAUCGCAGGACAAGGAAGCAGAGAACCCAACUGUCACCAGUGCGGCCACCCUCGCCAUCGUGGCGGCUGCAGUUGCCCUGGCAACCGGGACCUCGGGGGCUAAGCUGGGGGUCGUGGCCGUCCGUGCCUCCGUCGGAGGCCUGUGGGCCUGCCCCCGCGUCCUCCGCGCCACCCUCGGGAGCCCUCGUGACCGCCGCGCCGUCCGCGCCGUCAUCGUCAGGGGCCUGCGUGACCGCCACUUCCUCCGCGCCGUCGUCCGGGGCCGGAGAGGCCGCUUCGUCGUCCGGGGCCCUCAUGGCCGCCGCACCGGCCUCCUCAGAGCCCACCGCUACGCUGCGCCCACUGUCGGCGGACCGCUGAGACCCCUGGCAGGCCUCGCGAAGCCCGGCCCCUCGGCGCGCAAGGCUGUCGGGGAUGGCCAGGGCGCCUGCGCACACAGACGCCGCGGAGCUGGUUCCCACCGAGCCGGCCUCGCUGUGUUGGCCCAGAGCCUGGAUCCGGUCGACGCUGACCCCGAGGAGAUGGAGGCUGGUUCCGGAAGCUGCGCCCCUCGACGCGUGACGUCACUGUCGGGCUCCUUCGUCCCCGAGAGCAUUCUGAUCGUGUACUUCACAGCUACCUUCCCCUGCGUGGUCCUCGUCGUGCUGUUGGUGCGGGGAGUGCUGCUGCCCGGCGCCCUGCAUGGCAUCAUCUGCUCUCUCAAGCCUGACUUGUGGAAGCACUCACUGGGUCGUGAGUGCCGGCACCACGUGGGGCGUAGAGAUCACGCACGCAAGGAUGUCAAAGAAUUGAAAACACUAAAGGACCCUUGUCAGGACUUCAGGGAAGCAAGCAGCAGCGUAAUAAACUGGAAAAACACUUUGGGGAAGGAUGAUACAAGUGAGAGCCAACCACAAGGAGCUCUGAGAAUUGUGGGUUCGGAACCUCAGGGAAUGAGGCCUCUGAUGACACGGGAGUAUAGAAUGGGCAGUGGGGCCGACCUAGCCAGCUGUGCCAGCGCUCUUCUGCACAGAUCUGAAUCAAGGCCGAUAAGCCACAAAGUCCUACUCUGCAGGGAAAGCUGGCCAAGACAGGAGGUGAUGGACAUUUGGAGCUGGCCAGGGUCAUCGGCAGUCAAGCGGCUACAAGCUCCUCCGGAAUUGACCUUGUCCCUGGUCACCUGCCACCACCCUCUCCCUGGACCGUUCUAGAACUAACA